GGAGAAGCCAGGCGGUGCUUAGGAGCUGAGUGUGAGUGAGGCGUACCUGCUGAGGUUCCUGAGAUCCUGAGACGUGGUAAGCAGGCCUGGAGUCUGUAAGUGCGCUUUCACCCAGCACAGAGAGGGGCACUAGUGUGAGUACAUGCCUUCUCGCCACUUCAGUCUCUUAUAUUCCGGGCUGGUGGGCCAGAAUAUUUUAAAAAUGACCACGCCAAAUAAGACACCUCCUGGUGCUGACCCUAAGCAGUUGGAAAGAACUGGAACAGUAAGGGAAAUUGGGUCACAAGCUGUUUGGUCACUCUCAUCUUGCAAACCAGGAUUUGGAGUGGAUCAGUUACGAGAUGACAAUCUAGAAACUUACUGGCAAUCAGAUGGCUCCCAGCCUCAUUUAGUGAAUAUUCAGUUCAGAAGAAAAACAACAGUGAAGACAUUAUGUAUUUAUGCCGACUACAAGUCUGAUGAAAGCUACACACCAAGCAAGAUCUCAGUCAGAGUAGGAAAUAAUUUUCAUAAUCUUCAAGAAAUUCGGCAACUUGAAUUGGUGGAACCAAGUGGCUGGAUUCAUGUUCCCUUAACUGAUAAUCAUAAGAAGCCAACUCGCACAUUCAUGAUACAGAUUGCUGUUCUAGCCAAUCACCAAAAUGGAAGAGACACCCACAUGAGGCAGAUUAAAAUAUAUACACCAGUGGAAGAGAGCUCUAUUGGUAAAUUUCCUAGGUGUACAACUAUUGAUUUUAUGAUGUAUCGUUCAAUAAGGUGAUUUAAGAUGGAGUAAAAAUGAUUAAGCAUGUUGUUUU